CCUCUGUUUCUCUCCAUCACAGGGCAGUAGUGGGGCAGUCACACACAGACACUACCUUGUUUUCUCAGGCUUUUCCACAGACUGACAGCAGCACACGGAGGAAAAAAGAAAGAGGGGGAAAGAAAAGGAAAUAUAUUUACUGAGCUGAGAGGAGCUUGGAAAAGCAGCCACCUUCCUUUCUUUCCACUCACAACAUAAUUGAAACACAGAGAUCCAUAAAGAAAUAUACAAGUCGUCGCUCUAACUGUACGAGGAUUGCUCUGCUACAGGGAUUGUCUCUUCCAUUGAAGACUAUGGCACCACAUGUGAGACAUGGAGGCUCUGUUUCUCUUUCACAGAAAAAGUGUCUUCCUCUCUUUUCUUUCCUUUCCCUCUAUUUCUUGACCGUCGCAGGGUUCAACUUGGACACUAGCAUGCCUCUGACCAAGGAGGGGAAGAAAGGGAGCUUUUUCGGAUUCUCUCUAGCUCUUCACCAGCAGCUCACCCCAGAACCAAAGAGUUGGAUCCUAGUGGGGGCACCACGAGCCAGAGGUAAGGGCCCUAUGAGGAAUCAGCAUCCUGGUGCCCUGUACCGCUGUCCAAUCACAGGCGAGGAGUUUGACUGUGAGCACGUGGACAUUGAUCAGGAUGUUAACUUGGGACGUGAGAGCAAGGACAACCAAUGGCUAGGAGUGACAGUUAAGAGCCAGGGGAUCGGAGGAAAGGUGGUGACAUGUGCUCACCUGUACGAGUUACGGCAGCGUGUUGGCCUUGCAUCGGAGACGCGGGACCCAGUCGGUCGUUGUUAUGUGCUCAGUGAGGACCUGACAGAAAGGGAUGACCUGGACGGAGGAGAGUGGAAGUUCUGUGAGGGGCGACCCCAGGGGCACGAGCAGUUUGGGUCCUGUCAGCAGGGCCUGUCAGCAGCCUUCACUCCAGACAACCAGUUCAUCAUGUUUGGAGCUCCUGGAACGUACAACUGGAAAGGGGAGAUGCGCGUCCAGCUGAUUAACAAGACUCAGUUGGAUCUGGGUUUCUAUGACGAUGGGCCCUAUGAGGUGGCGGAUGAAAAGCAGUUGAAUGCUCAGCUGGUCCCUGUUCCUUAUCAUAGUUACCUGGGGCUCUUGUUCAUGGCUAGUCCAGUUGAAGAUGCGCUGGUGUACAAAACUCUGGAGCCACACUCCAACCGGCCCAUGUUUCAGGAUGUAGCUCAGAAUAGCUACUUAGGCUUCUCAGUGGACUCGGCUAAGGGCAUAAUGAGUCGUAGUGAGCUGACCUUCGUUGCGGGGGCUCCGCGAGCCAAUCACACUGGGGCCGUAGUGCUGCUGCGUAAAGACAAUGUGUACCGCCUGGUGCCACAGCACCUCCUCUGGGGAGAGGAGCUGGCCUCCUCCUUUGGCUACUCUGUAGCUACAGCUGACCUCAACAAUGAUGGUUGGACAGACCUGAUUGUAGGAGCCCCAAACUACUUUGACCGGAAGGCGGAGAUCGGAGGUGCUGUGUACGUUUUCCUUAAUCCAUUUGGUAACUGGGAGUAUGCUCGGCCAAUCAGGCUCAACGGAACCUACGACUCCAUGUUUGGACUGAGCGUCAAUAAUGUGGGAGACCUGGACAAGGACGGAUAUGACGACAUCGCAGUUGGUGCUCCCUUUGAUGGAGAUGGCAAAGUUUUCAUCUACAGAGGCACAUCCUCAGGCAUUGACACCAAGCCUUCGCAGAUUCUGGAUGGGGUGAAUGAAGGGGUGAAGAGGUUUGGGUACUCCAUCUCAGGAGGCAUGGACAUGGAUGGGAACCUGUACCCAGACCUGGCAGUGGGCUCGCUCGGUGAUAAGAUGGUUCUGUAUAGGUCUCGCCCAGUCAUUCACGUUACACGGGACAUAUUGAUCGAACCACAGCAGUACAUUGACUUGAAUCAGCACAACUGCAAAGGCAGAGAUGGAGUGUGUGUGGAAGUCAAAGCGUGCUUCACCUUUACUGCAUAUCCAGAGACCUACUCCCCCGACAUCACUCUGGUCAUACUCUUUGAGGCCGAUACUGAGCGCAGGAAGCUGGGCCUUCCCCAUCGUGUUAGCUUCCUGGGUCGAAGUGCACACGGGCUUGAGUUCACUCACACUGACGAGGUGGAGUUGAAAGGUCAACGCCACCCCGCCUGCCAGAGGGCCACUUUCCAACUUCAUGAUAAUAUCCGUGACAAACUUCGUCCUAUCUCCCUGGUCAUCACCCACACCAUUCGACCCCCCAUAAUCUCUCCAGACACCAACCGACAGGAGAGAGACACACUACCCCCAAUUUUGAGUGUUGCUACUUCCAAUGUCCUGCACUCUGAGGUGAAUUUCCUGAGGGAAGGCUGUGGUGAUGAUAAGAUUUGUCAGAGCAACCUGAAGUUGACCUAUCAGUUUGGAACUCGACCUCCUACCUCAAACCUCUUCACACCUUUGCCAAAGGAUGAGGAGGACAUGGCUGUAUUUUCUUUAUCCGACCAGCGGUCUGUGGUAUUGGAGGUGACCAUCACCAACAUGCCCUCUGACCCUGUUAACCCAGAGGCGGACGGGGAUGAUGCCCAUGCUGCCCAGCUACUAGUCAACCUGCCGGACACCCUGUCCUACACUGGCUUCAGGGGACAGCAGGUGGUGUGUCAGGCCAACCAGAAUGGUUCUCAGGCAGAGUGUGAGCUGGGAAACCCUCUGAAGAGAGACGCUACGCUGAAGUUCUAUAUCAUCCUCAGCACCUCUGCUAUCACCAUAGAGACCACGGAACUCACUGUCAACCUCCUGCUGAAUACAAUCAGUGAACAGCAAGGCCUGGUCCCUGUCACAGCCAUGGCUAAAGUCAUCAUAGAGCUUCCCCUGGCUGUCAGCGGUCUUGCCAGACCACAUCAGCUCUUCUUCAGUGGAGCUGUGAAGGGUGAGAGUGCCAUGGAGACUCUGGAGGAUGUGGGGAGUGCUGUGGAGUUAGAGUUCACGGUGACCAACACUGGCCCCUCCCUACAGACUCUUGGCUCAGCCUUCCUAAACAUAAUGUGGCCUCAUGAGCUGUCCAAUGGGAAGUGGCUCCUAUACCCCACCGCUCUUCACUUCCAGGGACAUCCAGGAACACAGUGUACCCCCCACACAGCCCUCAACCCACGCAGGUUCUCCCAGAGAUCCCCUCUUGAGGACAAGCCACAGGCUGCAGGCUUAAAGCAGCACAGAAGAAAAGGGAGAUCCCACCCAGAGGAGGAAGGACAUGUGAUGACAAAGAGCAGUCUGGGUAGGACCACUCCAGCAGUGGCCGCCUCAGAGAGACGGAAGUCCCUCAAACUGGACUGCUUGCUGGGUUCAGCACAUUGUGUCCUUCUCCAGUGUCCUCUCCACAGCUUCUCAGGCUCUGCAGUCCUCAGGAUCCAGGGACGCUUGUGGAACAGCACCUUCCUGGAGGAGUUCCCCUCAGUCAGUGCUCUAGAGCUGCUUGUCAGAGCCAACAUCACAGUGAAGUCCAGCAUCAAACACCUGGUGCUGAACGAUGCUGUGGCACAGGUUCCUGUGAUGAUCUAUCCAGAGAUUGGCCUGACUGACCAGUACUGGGUCCCCUGGUGGUGGAUCCUUAUAGCCAUCCUGGCUGGUAUUCUGGUCCUAGCGCUGCUGGUCUGCCUAAUGUGGAAGUGUGGGUUCUUCAAGCGUAGUGAACAACGUCCUCAGUAUGAGACAGAAUACUACCGCGCCCAUAAACACGUCCAGCCUUCUGAGGUGGAGAAGCAGGCGUCUGACCAAUAAGCUGCAGCUUCCCCCUCCCCUCCCCUCCCCAGCGUGUGGUUUCUUCCGUCGGGCCCAGUAUAAAGAGAAAGUGCCACAGUACCAUGCAGUGAAGAUUCCUCGUCAAGACAGGCCCCAGUUCC